CGGUAUUCAUACUUGUAGCGCAAAGUAAACCAAGCAGUCACUGGCACGUAUCAGGCCAUUUCCAUGGAUUGGCUAGUGUGAGAAUCUUUCUCUGUCCUCUCAAUGGCGUCUCCCAGUUCUGUUCUUCACGGUGGAUACCACCAUCCUCUGACUCGCUCAUGGCAGGCCGAUCGACACUUGAAAAAGAGCAUGCUCAUGUAUCCUUUGUUCAUUUCGGAUGAUCCCAAGGCAUUAGACCCCAUUCCUUCGUUGCCCGAACAGUACCGAAUUGGUGUAGACCGCCUGGAAGCCCUGAUUGCCCCAUUGUAUAAAAAGGGCUUGCGCUCAGUAAUUGUGUUCGGUGUGCCGUUGAAAGAAGGUGUAAAAGACCCUACAGGCUCCAAGGCUGAUGACCCUAAGGGUCCUACUAUUCUUGCUGUGAAACUCCUCCGUCGUUGCUUCCCUGAGUUGUUUGUAGCCUGUGAUGUGUGUUUGUGUGAAUACACAUCCCACGGACACUGUGGUGUACUUCGCGAGGAUGGAACCCUAAACAACGAUCAGUCUAUUAAGCGUCUGGCAUCAGUAGCUGUAGCAUAUGCAGAGGCAGGGGCCCACUGUGUGGCACCAUCAGAUAUGAUGGACGGUCGUGUGAAAGCCAUCAAAGAAGGGUUGAUUGCUGCUGGACUGGCACACAAGGUGAUGCUUAUGUCUUACUCAGCAAAGUUUGCUGGUUCUUUCUAUGGUCCGUUCAGAGACGCCGCAAACUCUGCCCCGGCAUUUGGUGACCGUCGUUGUUACCAAUUACCUCCUAAUGCGCGCAAACUUGCCCGUCGUGCAAUCAAGCGUGACAUGGAAGAAGGUGCAGAUUUCAUCAUGGUGAAGCCAGGCAUGCCCUAUCUGGAUAUGGUACGGGAAGCGGCCGAUCUUGCCUCGGACCAUCCUAUUGCCGUGUACCAGGUGUCGGGAGAGUAUUCCAUGCUCUACCAGGCUGCUAAGGCUGGAGUGUUUGACCUCAAGGCUGCAGUUAUGGAGUCCAUGACCGGUUUCUUGCGUGCAGGAGCUACUCUUAUUACCACUUACUACGCACCUCAGCUGCUUGACUGGAUUGAUGAAAGCAACGAUCUUUAAUGUCAAUAUAUAAAAAAAAUAAAAUCAAAUAGCGGGUUCCUUGUGUUUUGAAAAAUAUUAUUAUUGUGGAUAAAUAUAAUCACCCGGUCGGAGCUCAGGGUCAUCGUAUAAAUCCACUCGCAUUCACCAGCCUC